AUGCCUUUUCCCUGGGAUUCGUCCGGAGCUUUGGAGGCAGAAUCCCAGGGCCAAAGGGAAUGCUGGGCCGCCACGAAUGCCUUGGGCUUAGCGCUCCAGAACGGCUUCAACAUGACCAGCCAGAGUCAGGUUCAGGAGACGCUGCCAAGACUGGGGUUUGAUCUCGACGACACGCCUCUGCACGGAACAAUCCCCGUUGGCCAAUGGGCUGCCGUCCCAGGCGCAUCGACCUCAGCUCCGCCGCUGGUGCAGAGCAGACUUGACGGAUCAUGUGGGCAGAUGAACCGAUCAGAUCCAGGCGUGUUGGAAUACGUGCAGCAGCCGUGGCACGAUGUAGACCGUCAGACCGCACUUGGCACCUGGGUGGACGCGAUACUGCCAAAUGGGCAGAUGGAUGAAAACCCGACACAAGAACUCCGCUACAGUCCUUAUCAACGCUCAGCACACGUAGAUGUUCGGCAUAACAUGGACCAUGCUAACCUGCUGGACAACCCUUGCGACCGUCUAGAAGCUCUAAAGGCAGAUUCUCAGUACUCAAGCGAGGCAUCGCCGCCCAUGGUUUCCCCGUCGCCGCCGACGGAUCCGCUGCCGCAAGGCCAAACACAGGGCGCUCUCAACGGCAUUGUUCCCGACACCCUUGACCCGGUGGGGAAGCCAGAGAACUGGUGUGAGCUCGUGCUUGGCAAAUCCAGCGGGCACGGACGACAGGCGAGGCGACGGCCUUUUCAAAAUACCCAUCUUCGGCAGGAGACGGCGCGAACGAGAAAGAUUGGCUCGUGUCUCCGGUGCAGAAAGCAGCGGCUGCGCGUGCCCGGCCGUUUACCCUGUCUCCGAUACAGAAUCAAAGACAUGCAACUGUACAUGCCCGAUGAGGACCUUGUGCUGAACUGGACACUCGACUGCUUCGGCCACGGCAAGCCUAGGACGGGCAAAACGGCAGUGGUCGGCAUAUCCCAGGCACUCGGCAACCAGCGCAUCGUCUUGCGCGUCCAUAAACACGGCGCGGAGGACCACGACGCAGCGGACGCCGGUGCGCAGGCAGCGGCCGUGACGCAGCAGCCCCUUUCGCUGGUGGACCACGACGAAGCCAGGAGGGCCGUUGCCAACUACAUCCCCGGCGUUACAGGCGAAGCGUUUCGCCGCUUCCUAGGCCCGCCGGACGGACUGCCCAACAAGACGUUUCGCCAGGCAUGUGCCCUGUACAAGGACCCAGCCACUCCGCCGGAAAUAACGCAGCUGAUCCGCCAGCUGUUCACCGUCUGGACGGCGAGCAGGAUCGUGUCCAUGCCGGCCUUCCUCGUCGGCGACGGCGUGGCUGGCACGACGCAGCCGCCCCGUUGCGCCGGCCAGCUGCCGCCGCUGCUGGCUCUGCAGCUCAAAGCCAUCCUGACAAACUACAUCCGGGGCUCGCUGCGGAGCGAUGUGCUCCGCAGGAUGCAGGCCGUCAUCUACGGGCGGCAGGAGUGCCCAUGGCUGGUGGCGUAUCUGACGACCUUUAUCCUGCUUCACAACACAUCGCUCCUGGUGGCAUUCGAGGUCGGGAGCCUGGGGAAGGACGCCAUGACGAACCAAAUCCACGAAGCGUCCAUUAGACAAUACCACGCGGACGCAAACAACCUGCUCGGCCACUUCCACUACUACACAAAGGGCCAUUAUCCCUUUUCGGCGUCGUGCAGCGACUUGAUUCUCCACGCAGACUUGGGCCUGGACAGCGCAGAAAUAGACUUUGUCUACGAAAGCAGGCGCCUCAUCGCCCAGCAAGCAAGAUGCUUGGGAGCGCCCGGACGACGGGGCCAGGUGGCGUGCCAAGACGUCGAUUGCCUGGUCGGCCAGCUGUACCGCGGGGGCUGGAGACCCCAGGAGUUUGAGGAGUUCCUGGGCGAUGCGAAAAGGCGCGUGGCCGCAGGGUGGUGGUAG